AUGUUGAAGAACCUCCAUAGAUUUUGCUGUCUUUCCUCUUUUGUUGUGAAUUUGACUGAUGUGCUCUGUGUUACAGUGGUACAGGGUCAGAAUGACUGGGGAGUGACUUACACCUCUACUGAGAUCUGUGCCUUAAAAGGAUCAACAGUGGACAUAAGCUGCACCUACAAAUACCCAUCCAGAAUCGAGAAAAAAAUGGAUGAAGAAACCUCUUCUCAGAGAGUCUCUGUUAAUGACACCGGCAACUAUUCCUGUGCUGUUAAAGGACAUGAGGAUUUCCCCUCUCCUUCAGUGUAUAUUCUAAAUCUUCCAUCAGUGUUAGUGAGUCCCUCUGGUGUGAUAGUGGAGGGGAGUCCGGUGGCUCUCAUCUGUAGCACUAAUGCUAUCCCAGCACCUACUUAUACCUGGUACAAAGAGAAUGGAAAUCCAGACCUUCAUCCUCCCAGUAAAGAACCACAGCUUGUCUUCAGGUCCAUCCAGUCCUCUGACUCUGGAGAGUAUUACUGUAUGAUAGAGAACAAGCUGGGGAGGAGAACAUCUGAAUACAUCUCUAUUAAUGUGAAAUAUGCUCCAAAGACUAUCUCAGCGAGUCCCCAUGGUGAGAUAGUGAAGGGCAGUCCAUUGACUCUUAACUGCAGCAGUGAUUCUAACCCAGCACCUAAGUAUACCUGGUACAAGGAGAACCAAACACUGAUUCAAGGACCAAAAGGCAUUUUUCAUUUCACCUCUAUCAGAUUAGAGGACAGAGGAAUUUACUACUGCAAGUCUGAGAAUAAAUAUGGACAGAUCAACUCUACAGCCGUUCACAUAGAUGUCCAGUUGACACCCAAAGCACAACCCAAGGCCACACAGUUCUAUGGACAAAGUUUUAACCCACUGGCCGACUGCAAUCCCCCAAACAAGAAUGAACAGCCUUAG